AAGUCUGGAGAUGCUCAAACGAAGCCCCAGAGAGCGAGCGAGAAGCGAGAGCCAUGGCGAGGGGCAGCAGCGCCGACUCCGCGGUCUUCUUCGUGGCGACGCUAGUCCUGUGGGCCGUCUCGGUGGUGUUCGAGAUGGCCUUCAACGGCCGCACGGAGCUCAUGGCCGUCGUCGGUGGCUUCUGGUUCUUCCAGGCGGCCAACUGGAUCAUCCGCCUCUCCCUCUCCCGGGACCCCCUCUUCGUCAACACCGCCGUCUCCUUGCUCCACUCCACUAUCACUUCCGGCUCCGUUCUUUUUAUCGUGGUUAAUCAGUGGAUCACAAAAGGUCUCAGCAACAUAUUUGAUCAUGCACAGUUAUUUGGCGGGACAUGGCUAGGUGCAUACUCAGCAUUGUGCUUUUCUUGUGGUUACUUUGCAUAUGACCAAUUGGAUAUGCUUCGCUAUCGGCUAUAUAGUGGCUGGAUUCCCUCUAUCCUUGUGCACCAUCUGGUAUUGCUGGUUUGCUUUACGUUGGCUCUGUACCGGAAUGUCACCAUCAACUAUCUUAUACUCACCCUUGUUUGUGAGCUCCAUUCCAUUUUUCUGCAUGUGAGAAAAAUACGACGGAUGGCUGGGUUUCGUGAUGUCAGGAGCAGAAUUGUGAGGGUUGAGUGGAUGCUUAACUGGGCUAUGUUCUUCACUGCAAGGCUUGUAGGCCACCUCCUCAUCACAUACAAGCUUGUCAUAGAUGCACCCAAGUUUGGAAGAGGGAUUGAGCUCCCACUGGCUCUUUUUGGCAUGUUUGGGAUGAAUUUGUUGAAUUUCUUUCUAGGAUUUGAUCUCUUCAGAGCAUAUAAGCGAGAGAGAAAUCAGCAAAGGCAUCGGGACUGAAGGUUUUAUUCUUAUGAUUAUGUUUGUCUGGGAGCAUCCAGCCAGACAGUUUACAUGUUGAUUGAACCUGUGCUGAUAGACUUACAUCUUAGAUCUCCUUGCAAUACAUGUACACAAGCCCUGCCUGGUGGGCCUACGGAGAUGUUAGUCCCCCUUCUACAGUUCAUUCUUUGAUUGGGUCUUGUUAUACGUACCCAACAAAUUCUUCCCUGUUUGUACAUUAAGCCUGUGAUUGAAGAAAAAUAUUUGUUGUUAUUGCUGCUGCUGCUGCUGCUGUUAUUGAUAUUAUACAGAAACUUGAUGGUGUUUCCAAGCAUUUUAUCAAUAGAAGGGACCAUUU